UGCCAGAACCUGCAGCGCGGCGCCCGUCUUGCUCCUCCUCGGAUGCCAGCCUCGUGCGUCGCCGCUCAUUCAGAGACCUCCGUUUUUGGAGCAGCCGUCGUGCAUGCUGGCUAGUGGCAGUAGUGAGCCGCCUGCGUUUCGCCGUGUGCCCUUCACGAAAACAGAGGUGCAAGCAGUGCAGUCAUUUUUACACCUUGUGAGCUAAAACUUAUCCGGUGCGGACGCAUGGAUAACGUAUAAUGCCGCAACUGGAUAUGAAGACGGAAGUGAAAGAACGCAGCACGGUGGCCGCCACGUCCAGUGCAACAACGUCCAUUUGAUGGCAUGGAAGAAAGGGCGCAGGCACAUAACUCCGCUUCACGGUGGCGUACACUUUCUUCUGGCAAGGGACUUACGCGGCGCCCGUACAGGGGGCAUUCUUCCGCCUUGGCGCAUCAUGGACGCAACUUCGUAGCCACUUCAAGCCUGCCAGAACGCUGAGAGUACGUCAAACAGGCACGGUGGCUCAUGAAGACAUUGAACUUCGAUGAACCGUUGGUGUAGUGAAAAGUAGUUUAGGUUGGUGCGUUAAUGCGGUCCAGCAUUGCUCGGAGGUAUCGUCACCGGACCCAACGUUCGGUACUACGUCACGUGUUUGAGAAGCAGUGUGGGAGGUCGGAUGUGCCGAGCCUAGGUUUUCUGUCGUGGAACCUCAAGCUUGCAGCAAAGUCGAUAUACGGAUGCCACCCCGCCGCCCACCGAGAGCUUGCCGCACCUAACGUAGUUUGGCACUGCCUCGAGGAUCGGAGGUCUAGCAAGCUUCGCCGAUCUGCGACACCGCCAUGCUGACGCCAGAGACGGAGCCGCCACCUAAACGGAUGCCCAUUGUUUGAGAGUGACAAGGGAAGAUGGACUAUCUUGGUAACUGCACCUUAGCAGGCAUGGCGCCUGCAUGGAUGUGCACGCAAGGUCAAGUCUACCUCUACCCGCCGGAUGGAAAUGCGAGUUCGGACCCCGCGUGCGCUGGAUGUGAUUCUCGUGAAUUGUUUGACACUUCACCCAUAGCAGACACAGUUUCUGAGGAGUCUUCAUACGACGCGCUCUUGGAAAGCAGCCGCUUUUGGAUACAGCGCGUACUCGUGCCCAUCAUAACGCUGAUUGGUGUCAUUGGAAACUCGGUGACGAUCGUCAUCAUGACUAGACGGCGGAUGCGCUCCUCCACGAACAACUACUUAGCUGCGCUCGCCAUCGUCGAUAUGCUCUACCUGCUGGGGGGUUUCGCGCUCUCACUCAAGCACUACGAGUUUAUUCAGGAAAAAGGGUUGUUCGUCUAUUUUCGCUGCUUUCCUUUUCUCAUUCUCCUGACUGACACGUGCAGCAACACAUCCGUGUGGAUCACCGCAACGUUCACGGUCGAGCGCUACAUCGCUGUCUGUCACCCUAUCAAGGGCAAGGCGCUCUGCACCGAGUCACGGGCUAGAAAGGCUGUAAUAGGGGUUGUCGUUUUCUGCUUUGCGCUCACUCUACCGACGCCGUUCGAAUACGCUGUGGUCGAGGAGAAUGACCCGGUCACCAAUAUGACCAAAGUCAGCCUUAGCUAUUCUGAGUUUGGGCGAAACGAACUGUACAAAACGAUAUACUACUGGCUCACGGUGGUGCUGUUUACUCUGGUGCCAUUCUGUCUACUGGCCGUGUUCAAUGCAUUUCUCGUGCGCUCCGUGCACAUCUCGAGGAGGCAGCGUUCUAAAAUGACUCAGAGAACAGACUCCAGCCGCGACAACCAGGAGAACAAGAUCACUGUCAUGCUCAUUGCGGUAGUCAUCUUGUUCUUCGUCUGCCAGCUUCCCACAGCCGUGACGCUGCUCUACACUUCUAUCAAGACCCCGAAGGAAGGCAGCGAGCAGGAGAAGCUCGUCUUUAUUCUGGGAAAUAUCUUUAAUUUUCUUAUGUCGCUCAAUGCGGCCGGAAAUUUCAUACUUUACUGCCUCCUCAGUCAGAAGUACCGGCGCACCUUCCUGCAAAUUUUCUGCCCUUGCGCUGAGGGUCGGUUCGUGCGCCUCCAAUCGGUUUACCAGUACACUGGAACCGGUCUUAAUCAAUCGGACGACCAUACGCCGGCGACCAGCCGCCGCUUGAGCUCUGUGCGCUCGGCACGUUCAAAUUCAUCGGGUCCUCUUGAUGCCAACGGUAAGAAGAGCGCACCUGCACGUGCUUGCUUGCUCAACGUGCCCGAGGAGCCCAGCAGUGGGCGCAGAGCCAGCGACUCGUCAAACUGCGCAGUCAGUUCGAGAGGCUUCACUGGGUCCUUCUGGUCCAGGCUUCGGCGCUCAGCGGACAGAGAUAGUGGGCGAGCCUGCGCCAACCCACGUGACAAGGCCAAGGAUUGCGUGGUUGUCAUAACUUCUCAGGGGGUGACGGAGAACAGAUGUGUAGCACCCAAAAUAUAGGCGCCGUCUUUGAAGAGCCUACUACAGUGUGGAACUCAGACCGCGCGACGCAGUGGUUGCUGGAAAGUGGUGCUGAAUAAUGCUGAACAUGGAAAAGUUGGCCGUUUUGACAAACACAAAUGUAUGAGCGGUUAUCUGGUGUUGUGCAUCUACUCAGCAGGAAUAUCUGUUUUUUUUUUUUCAGGUGCUGGAAUAAGCUCCAAAAUGGAAUCCGUACUAGUUUUGCGCCGUGGCAAGGUGUGCAAGAAUAGAUCGCUAUGCCUGACAAAUGUCGACGCCGUUCAGGGCUGCUCAUUUCGGGGUCGUGCUCGUGGCCCUGCUCCGUGCUGUUUACCAGAAGGAUAAAUUUCCUUCUGAACGUGCGAAGAAACAGCAGCUCUCUAAGGCAAUCUUGCACUCACACAAACCUGUGGAUUUAAGACCACCGCCGGAGUGUGGACCGCGCAGGUUUACAUUUAAGGAAGACCAACAUAUCACUAACAAUUAUCAGGGGAGAAUGAUAAUAUAGAUUAUAGCACGAACGAGUAGCGUAGACUGUGAGUAAUGCAUAAUGGUUACUGAACGCAAUUUGUGUUUGACAGAGUGAUUCCUUUUCAAAUUUCACGUAUCCGUUAUGUGUUCUGUUUAUUUCUACAAACAGUAGGCUAGACUUGUUGCGAAGUGUUCAGAUACUAAAGCUGGUGUGAAGAGCUGAUGGCAACAUGACAGCAAUAAACGCGCCACGCUUCAUGUACAUCCGACUUAAACGAAGCAUGUUGUGCAUAGAAUUAGCGCAAGUCCCUUACGACGAUACUUUCUUUUUUGCCGUUGCUUGAAUCCCUCCAAUUUUUUAUGUGUUACUUUCACACAGGUCAAGGUGCUCUUGUAGGGUAAUAUUGAAGGAGCCGGAGAAAGUGAUGCACGCCAGCAGCGUGGUCUGCUGCCAUUCCCGAGCGUCUUGUGUAUAGCUGUAGCUUUUGUCGCCCACAUCUGUCUCGGUGCGUUAGUGGAAAGCGUGUGUUGCUUCACACUCCUGACCACAGAUGCACACUUAUGAACUCCCUCUGUGCAUGUACACGUUCCUCUACCAGUGUUUUGAAAGUACUGUGAGUGGUACGGAGCAAAUAUAAACGGGGCAUUUCCGAGGCACACGAACACAGUAGUGCGAUGCGUAUCAGUUCGGGACAUUGCUUGUGUGCCCGUUUACAAGCGCUGGAAUAUUAUUGAGGCAUUCGUUUAUCGACCGUUCGGUCUUGAGCAUUCAAAUAUAGAUAUCCUGUAUGGUCCGCCUCAGUGGUAUAGUGGUUACGGUGCUCGGCUGCCGACCCGAAAAUUGUGUAUUUGAUCCCGGCCGUGGCGGUCGAAUUACGAUGGAGGCGAAAUACUAGAUGCUCGUGUACUGUGCUAUUUCAGUGCAUGUUAAAGUACACCAGGUGGUCGAAACUUCUAAAGCCCUCCAGUGCGGCGUGCCUCAUGAUGAUAUCGAGGUUUGUGACCGUAAAACCUCAGAUAUUAUUAUUAAUAUUAUUAUUGGAUCCUGUAUGAAGUUUAGGCGUGCUAUUACUUCCCUUUGCUUUGUAAAAUUUCCGCGGUACACCAAGCCUGUUGUAAUUUAGGUCUCGCGAGUGUUCCUGGGAUUCACAAUAAAUACUUAAU